GCAGUAAUUCUCUCCACUGGCGUAUCAAGGAGGGAUUAGCUCUCAGUUUUCACUCACUUAAUUGAACUGGAAAUAUUUAUAGUCGAAAAAAAAUAGCCUGGAUGGUGUUCAUUUGGCUGCACUGGAACUAGGAACAAGCAUUCAGUUGUUAAAUAUACAAAUUUGUAAAUAUCCUUGCUGGAUAAAUGAAUAGCGGUGUGGCGUUCCUUUUUUCAUUGGCGAAAGUACACGUCCUUUGACAAAUGGAGUUACACCUCAUUUGAGCCCAUAACAUGGACAGGAUUAUAAAAUCUGAAAUCAAGAAGGAACAGAUCACGGGUAUUCCUUCGGUGGCCCUUCAUGGCAUCGAGAACUCGAUGCAGGACGAUAGAGAUGUCAACACUGACGUGGAGGAGGACUUCACGGAGGAGGAGUUGGAGCUAUUCACAGAUCAGGAUUCAGACACGGGAGAUUCUGAUGUGUCGCUCACGCAGCCUGAGGCAGCGCGCAGUGUGCUUUUGAGCAAUGCUCCUAUGCGCAAGUACCCUUUUAAGCUGAAGCAAAGCGAAUCUGGGAACGUCCUAACCGUUCACCACACGAUCAAGGAAGCAGGUCAGGCACUGCGCAUCCAGAUUGCCGCCUGCUGCUUCAACGAACUUAGCAACAAGCUGGUGGUAAUAGACAAGCGUGGCAAUGUUUUCGUCUUUGACUUUGUACGCAAACGCUACUGGCGGCUGGGAUUCCGGAUGCCCAAGGCCAAGCUCAUUCGGCCAUCCCCUCUGCACGGUAGCGACUACAUUGUAGGCAAUAAAACGGGCCACAUUUUCACCAUAGACGUGGACAACUCAAUUCUUGGGGUCGACGGAGAAGUGGGAAGCGCAGCGCUUGAGGAAUUGAGUUGGAGCAAUAGCCUGCAGAAUGCACGCUCCUCUAUCGCUCUGAUGCGUUUCGGCAGCGAUGCACUUCUGGUGAAUCUCCAUACUCUGGAGGUUUCCCAUCAGCUGGAUUUCGAUCAGUCGCGCUACACGCUGAAGUUCGCUGCCUUCCUGCCCCACUCGGACCAGUUCUUUAUAGGGUUUUCUAACGAUUCUCUGCAUGUGUGGUCCUCGCAUUCAUUGAGCACUUUGCGGAUGGGCCAGCCUAUCAAGGCCAGGAAUCGCAAACUGAGACUGCUACCAGCCGCAGAAUCUAUACCGGAAAUAGUUCUCCGAAGCCCGGAUGACAGUGACUUGGAGGAGGACUUGACGUUUGACUGCCAGCACUACGACUUUGCCGAUGGAAUGCUACUCAGCUACUGCUUCACCCCCGACGGCAACAAGAUGUGCCUUAGUACCUUGGAUGGCUAUCUUUUAUUGCUGAGCGUGGCCUCUUUUGAUCUGGAAAAGAUGUACCGCUUGACGGACUUUACUCUCCACCAAAUGGCUUUCCUCUCGCAGCCAAAGGAGCGCAUAGUGUUUGGAAUCACCACCAGAAACCAAGCGGUCAUGCUGGAUUUAGCCAAUACGGAUCACAAGCUAAUUGUGCAGCGCUCCAAUGCACGAAGUUUGAGUCUGAGUCGGGAUGGCAAGCUGUUGAGUGUAACGUCUCGCUGCGGAGAAGUCAAUGUGUGGUCCACGUGCCGCAUUUUUAACGCCCUGCAAGCUCAGAUCCGCUGCCUCAGCCAGGUGAAGUCCACUUUCAAACAACCGAAUCCUCUGCCGCCCUGCAGCGUCGGUGGAGGCGUUAGCAAAGAACUGCGAGAUCUGCUCAAUCCGCAGCGCCUAAAAACCAUGCUCAAGGAGUACGGUUGCUAUCCUGAAAAGUACAGGUACCUAAUUUGGACAUCCCUCUUAGACCUGCCCUGCAAUGGGCCUCAAUUCCAGGAACUGAUCAAACUGGGGGCACCUCUCCUGGUCAGAAAUCGGGCCAAGAAGCUUAAGAUUCGCAACGAUCACCAACGCCGUGUUGUGAUUAAGAUUUGGAGUUGCCUUGCUCAAUGGUGCAAGGUCUUAGCUCACGCAGAUUUUAUGCCACACCUGAUUUUUCCGUUUGUGAAGCGAAUGCCCAAGAAUAGUCUGGUUUGCUUUGAGUUAAUCGCUACCCUUGUAUUGAAUCAUUUUCAGCUGUGUUUCGAAUUUCAUCCGCUGCCGCCCUCCAAUUAUCUGGCCAUGUGCGAAAAUAUCCUGCAGCACUGUGACGAACAGCUUUGCAAGUUUUAUAAAUCCCAGGAGAUGUUGCCUAAAGAUUUUGCCUGGCCCCUUCUGAGCACUGCCUUUUCCGAGGUCCUUGAAGAGGAGCAGUGGCUAUCGCUGUGGGACAACAUAUUUUCGGAACCACCCUGGUUUCCAGUCUUUCUUGUAGUGGCCUACAAUUUGAUUAAUCGAGAGAUAAUCUUGCGGCUGCCAGACAAGCGAUCAGUCCUCUUCUUCUUCCACGAUCAGAACCCUGUGGACAUCAGCAAACUUCUUUCCAAGGCGCGCAAACUAAUGUCCAAAUGUGCGCUUGCACUUCACCCACAGCGUUUCAUGACACACUUCAGCCCCAUUCCGAAGGGUGUGUAUCCAAAGUUUCUCAAAUAUCCCAGCGAGUGGAUCGAUGAGCAGGAGUAUCAAGCAGUAUCGUUGAUCAAGCACAACCAGGAAAUCGAUGCCCGAAUUCGCCAUCUUGAGUUGGAGGAGGUUAAAAUUAUGGAACGCCUUGAAACAGGACUUAAGCAAGAGGAGCACGCUCGCCGCCUCAAAGAAAUGGAGAGAGUUUACCAGGACACAAUCCAUCGCGAGGAAGAGCGCAUCACCUGCCAACGGAAAAUGCUGCUCACCUACCAAAUGGAGGUGCGUCGGCGCAAGAGCGAGGUCAUCACUAAGUUACAGGAGUCUGAGCAGCGACGCAAAAUUCUGGAGAUGGAGAAGGACAUGGACCUGCUGAUGCACAGUAUUGAGCGUGAGCGUCGGCGUCACAACCAAGAAAUGCAGCUGGCCGAAGAUGAAAUUCGUAACCAGGAGAUGGAGCUCCUUGCCCAGCGCUACUACUCGGAUACGGAGGGUGCUCCACUGGCACAGAAGUAUUACGACAAAAUCCAGAAACUUUGCUAUCAGCGUGAUCAGCUGCAGAAAAACUUGCGUGAUAUGACCAUGGAACAGCUGCGAACUCCAGCAACAUCAUCUGUGCAAUUUAGUCCCCAGCUGGUGGAUAUCGAGAAUUCCAUUUUUGAGAUACAGAGAGAGUUUACGGAAAUCAUAACCACAGACAAAACAUUGGAGUACAGAAGGAAUUUAACUUAACUGAGGCUUUUUUGUACGAAUAAACUACAAGGCUAGGAUUAUGUACAUGGCACUAGAAAAUAAAUAAACAAGGCAUAUUGGUU